AUGUUUGUGGAGAAGGGGCUGCCGUUUGGCCUGCGGCUCUGGGACCCGAGGGAGCGGCGGGCCCAGCCGCCCCGGGAGGCCAAGCGGCGCGGCAGGGCCCGCGUCCAAGGCCCGGCCCGGGUCCGCGAGUGCUUCUACCCGGAGCUGGAGCGCAGAGCGUCCCCGGUGCGAGAAAAAAUGUGGAUCCCCUUUGGCGCGCUCGCCGUGAUUGGGAAGAAAAUGGAGCUGCUGGGUAGAAAAAGGCAAAAGCGGACGUUUGAGGAAACGGUCUGGAAAACCAGGCCGGGCCUGAGCCAGGAGAGGAACGUGCGGCUCCUGCAUCAGCUCGUCAGCGUGUUAGGGUCCUCGGUCGGCCUGACGAAAGGGAUCCCCAGGGAGGUGUGGGAGAAGCCGGAGGAAGCCCGCCGCAGGACGAAGGCCGAAGUUGGGAGUGCGGGGACGAGGAGGCAGACGGGGCCGAAAGAGGCGCCCCGGCCUCCUAGGGCGGGGCUCAACAGGGAGGACGUGAGGUCCAGAGGAUACAGACCCGGGCAGAACGAGGAGCUGAGCAUAAGCGGAGGGAAGGUGAAGUUGAAUGAAGAGAAGCAGCGAUUCAGAGAGAAGCAGUGGUCUAGCUGA